CUCCUCUCCCCACAGAUGCAGGUCGCUUGGACGGUGCAGCGGGCGCGACUGGGCAUGAGGAGCGGACAGCGGGCACGGCAGGCGGUGGGAUCGAGUCGGGUCCCGAUGGCCUUCUCAGCCUUGGCCCUGGCCAAGCAGGAGACCCUGUUCCGCAGACGGACCGAGCUGGUGGUGGUCCACGAGGCGCUGCCGGAAGAGACUGCGUACACCACUGCUCACGAUGGGACCAUUGUUCUAUGGGACUACUCGGAUCGCCCACAGGAGGCGUCGCGGACACGGGUCGUCUUCAUGGGCGCAGGCAAGGCCGCCGGCCUGCAGGAGCUCCGCCUGCUUCCGUCGUCGCCGGGCCUCCUCUUCACCGCCUCGCUCAAUGGCACUGUCUGCAUGCACGACGUCGCUGCCCAGGCCUCGCGCAUCCUGCUAGGCUCUUUUUCCUGGGAUCGAUGGUUCACCACCUGCGACAUCGCUGAGGAUCGUUCGCUCGUCGUUGCUGGCGACAACCACGGCUACGCCUACUUUCUCGAUCCACGGACCGGCUCCAACCUUGUGACAGGUGCUGACGCCGCCCUGGUGGCCAAGGCCGAAGCCACACCCGACAAUCACGUCUCCCACUGGAUGACCCGCUCGGUCGCGUGGGAGGGCGAUCCCUACGCCACCUGGGCCGAGCCCUCGCUCGCCUGGCUCCCGCCACAGGCCCCACCGGGGUAUGACGUGCUCGAUGGCUCGCGCUUUGGUCGCGCACCCGGAUCGCCGCUCGUCCGCCCGCCCUCGGUUGCUACAGGCCGCGGCUUGCGCUUCCAUAAGAACAAGCUUGUCCACGCCGAGUUCCAUCCCGCCGACACCAACGUUCUCCUCACCGCUGGCCAUGACAAGGUCAUGCGUCUGUGGGAUGUCCGCAAGCUUAGCUCGACUGGCUUUGCCGUCGGCCACACCGCCUCAUCGCUCCUUUCCGAGUAUGCUCUGCCCGCCAAUGUCAACGCGGCGUACUUCUCGCCGGGCGAUGGCGCCCGCAUUCUGGCCACCACACAGAACGAUCUCAUUCUCGUCUACGACGUCGCCGAUGGCUCCAUGGGCGUCAUCAACCACCCCAACUCGUUCUACCAGCACAUGACACCCAUCAAGGCCUCUUGGCACCCAAUCCAUCCCGAGUUCUUUGUUGUUGGCUCGUACAAGUCGCUUUCCAAGCGGUCCACUACCGCAGCCUUUGCCGGUAUGGACAAGGACGCAUACGCCCACAUUGCCGAGUACCGCGGCAUCGACCUGUACAACGCCGUCACUCUCGAUCACGUCGCUGCCAUCCCGGCCACCGUCGUCACUGAGAAGCCGCGCGUCUUUGCUGUCAACAAGUUCUCCGCCACCGGCGAUGUUCUCCUGUCCGGCUCGGGCCACUCGCUCUACGCGUGGCGACCGGUCAACGCUGUCGACGCUGCCCAUCGCUCUGGCAACAAGCGCAUGCGCUCGCCUAGCCGCGGCUCGCGCUCCGACGAUGAUGAUGAUGACGACGGGCAGGGAAGCGGCCCGCAUCGCCCACUCUCCGCCAUGUCGCUCGCCGAUCCCGCUGCCAUCAACAGGCGCAUCCGCGAUUUGUUCGGCCGGUCGCAGCGGUUUGCUAACCCCGGCGAUGCCAAAGACAUGCUCGCCAAGUCGGGCAAGGCCAAGGCCAAGGCCAAGACCGCGACUAAGGCCACUGCGGCCAAGUCAAGGUCCAAGACAAAGGCCAGCACAAGGGCCACCACAGCCUCAGUCGCUUCCACCGCAACUGCAGCGUCAACGUCGUCUCGACCCCGAAAGAAGCCCAAGACGCUCAGGUCAUCCAAGGCCGCCGCGGCGAUCGAUUUCACGCUUGCCACACCACCGGCAUCCCAGACCUCGUCCCAGGCAGCUUCACAGGCUACGCCCACAGCUGCAUCACCGUCUCGCUCCGUUCCACCCGCGGCGUCUGUCGCUGUCUGUGUCGGCGGCGGCGACGACGACGACGACGAUGACGACUUUGACACAACAUCGCUCACGCUCUAUCCUCCGUCUGCGUCGUCAUCCCUGUCGCAAGAGUCGCUUGAUGCGCUCCGGCAUCGCGGGCGGCGCGACAGUCGCAGGAAGCGCAACAAGCAGUUGUGAGGAGGCCGAAGGCUUCAAUACUCUUGCAAGUUCGAUGUGGAACGGAACGAUGGCAUGGUGUACGUGUUGGUCACCAUCAGCCGCGGUGACGAGGCCGAGUGCACGUCGUCGUUCUUCAGGCUAGAGACAACCUCGAGUUGGAGCUUGCCGCACAGUGCGCCAAGCGUUCCGGAGGCCGGGUCGACACCGUGGACACCGAUCUCGACAUAGUUGGUCCGGGUAAAUGACAGCGGCGAGAGCA